UAUAUAUAGUUUCUUGUUUUAUUCAUGCAACAUAGUUGUAAACCUAACCUUAUACAGUAAACAAGGAAUAACUCUACCUAACUAACUUCACACUUUACAACGACUAAAUUAUAAUAUUUAGAUGUUGGUAACAUUGAUCGUAUUAAUAUAGUGUUGUUUUUACGUGAAACGUCAAAUUGGUGUGUUCUCGUUGGUAUAAUUAUAAAAAAAAAAACCGUAAUCAGCGGUGUGAUCAAAUAAUUGAGAAAUCACUUGAACAAAUUGUUUAGACAUAAUAAAAAAUAAAAGUUUGCUAUAGUCAUGCCAUUACAUAGAUAUACUCAUGCAAUUUUAUGUAGAAUCCCUCUUUCAUUGCGAACUAGAGGGGAGGUCACGCUUGACGAGGCUAGAAAGCAACAUUUAGCAUUAGCUCAAUUAUUACGUGAACUUGAUAUUGACGUUGUUGAAAUGCCACCUGACGAAAAUGCACCUCUUUGCGUUUUCGUCGAGGAUAUUGCCGUUGUUUGUAAUGGUAUUGCUCUAAUCGCUCGGCCAACCGAAUCAUCUCGUCUAAAAGAGAUCGAUACUAUUAGGGCCGUUUUAAAAAAAGAAUUAGAAAUACCUUUAAUAGAAAUAGCUGAUAAAAAUGCUCGUUUAGAUGGAGGAGAUGUCUUGUUUACAGGCCGUGAAUUUUUUGUCGGCUUGUCACAUUUUACAAACGAAGCAGGUGCUCGUGCAGUAGCUGCAGCAUUUCCUGAAUAUCCUUGUGUACCCAUAAAGGUGGGUGAUGGUGGCGAAGAGGUGAUAGUGGAGAGUCUUACCUCAGCCCCUCUUCAGGUUGCAGAAUCAAAACGUUUGAAAUCAUUAGUUUCUAUGGCUGGACCUGAUGUUAUUUGCGUUGGUGCUGGCAAAGAAUGUCAAGAAGUGUUAAAGAGGAUUGAACGAGAAGCAACGUACAGUUACCAGACAUUAACUGUACCUGAAGAUGCUGCUGCAAAUGUUCUCUACGUCAAUGGUACUCUAAUUCAUCGAUCAGAGGAUGAAAUUCCUCAAUCAAGUAAGGUUUUUAUGGAGAAAAUAGAAUUUCCAACUAGAUCAUUACCUAUGUCUGAAUUAGCAAAGGUCAGUUCUGGUUUAUCAUCUUGUUGUUUGUUAGUACGCAGACCCAGACAUAUUCGCAGUAUUUAAAAAAAAAAACAAAAAACCAAAUACACACAGAAAAAAAGAAUAUAAAAA